AUGGUAAACGAAUGUGAAGAAUAUUGCUAUACAAUGAAAAUUCUUGGUACUCGCUCUUGGGACACACCCAACUACGGCUUGGAUUUCAAAAUGCAUACGAAUAACAAUUCAAUGUCAUCAAUGACCUAUGUGCGACAAGAGGUGCCUAUACCGUUAUGGCAUCUGGUGCUGUUGCAACACCCCAGCAAGAAGCGGACCAACUCGGAUCGACCGGAGCUGCCACGUGUCCUAUACAAUUCGACAACAAAAACUUGCGAGUUUUGGAAAUACAUACGACAUGUGACAGCCUGGAAUAAUGUGGCCAAGAUAAUGCUAACCAAAGGCGGCAGCAAUAUGAGCCUGGCUUGCCCCCUCAAGGUGGGCAAUUAUGCAAUGAACGUUAUACAAGUACCACCGGAUACCGCUCUGCUUAAGUUCAUGUAUCAUCCGAAUACCCUCUACUCACUGGAAGGCACAGUCUUUUCACUAAACCCGCACGAUGGCGUUACAAGAAAGCGACUUUGCCAUUAUGAGGUCAAUGCAACAAUUUUCAAGGCAUGCUAAGCAAAAAUUAACCCAAAAUCCACAGUGCAACCCCGUUUUGGUGUUUUCUUUGAAACAGU